AUGCUUUUUCCUCAAUUCAACCCAAUUGCUCCUGCGACUUCAAACAAGAUGUACGAAAAGAUUGUUCAUAAAACCCUUAAAGGUAGAGUUACGAAGAACAUAAAAAAGACGGUGACGUCUCCAAAAAAGCAGGUAUCUAGCCCAGAUGAGAUGAUGUCUAACUCAAAGCCAACUUCUGCGACCCCUCCCAAUCGUCCUAUCCGACUCAUUCAUUACCCCUUGAGCAAACAGCAAGCAACUUUGCUUCGAAGAAUAAAGACUUCCUUGAAAAAGUCUAGCAAUCCCGUUGAACGCGUUGAACCCAAGCAAGAUCAAAUGGAUCUUGAUAGAAAGAUCGAAUAUACUUUCGAGACGAAGACGUCCGGCAGAAUUCAAACGAAAAAGUUGGGAAAGUCAGAAAAACCAGUAUUCAAGUCAAAAUUCGCCAAAGAAACUACCUUUAGCGGAGUUGUCAAGAACAAGAAAGAGGCAAAGCCGGUGCUCCUCCCAAAUUUUCCAAAAUAUCCAAAGUCUCCUCUAGCUAUCUCGGAAAGUCGAGUCUUGCAACGUCCAAAUGGCAAGGGGCUUGUUGCCUUGGGUCGAGAGGUGGUAAGAUUCGGGGUUGCAAAUGUGUUGAGAUCCCUUGAAAGCGAUGCAAUGGAUACUGUCAGUAUACACUCUUGCGUGCCCUAUAAGCUCCUCGUUGUAUCUCUCGUCUAUAGAGAAGAUUAUGACUGGAACUACGACGGAUUCAAUGGAUAUCUUUUGGAAGAGCACAGGGCUAAAUGUGUACAAUUCCCAGAGAUGGAUUUGGAACCCGAGACCUUGAUCCUUUAUUACAAAGGAGAGGUCAAUGAAUAUGGUAUUGCUUGA